AUGGAUUUUGCAGUCAGAAGACUGUAUGAAGGUACUGGCCAUGUUGACUACAUCAAAUUCUCAUUUCCCUGGUCAAACCUGUUCUCGGCUAAUGUCCAGCUGGAGCUAGACGGACUCUACGUACUCCUUGGACCCAUCAAUGACCGACCUUAUGAAGAGAAGAAAGACCACGAUCUGGAAAAUGCUAUCAAGCAGGCAAAAUUACGUGCCUUUGAGCAAUCAACAUUACAAAGCGUUGCUGAUCAAGCGGCCAAAAAUCCGGGGUUCUUUGAGAAACUCGGAAAAUAUAUUCUGAACAACAUUCAGAUCACCAUUAGAAAUGUCCACAUUCGGUACGAGGACUCCAUCACAAAUGGAGACUACUCCUUUGCUGUGGGUGCCAUGCUGCAGAGUUUUACAGUCCACACAACAAAUGACCGAUGGGAGGAGUCCGAAGCGGACAGUUCUGCCACCAUUCUCCAUAAACUGGGUAGUCUUACAGAUCUAUCGGUUUACUGGAACCAUUAUGUCCAGGAAGCCGACCUCGUCGGGAAAAAGAAACGAUUACAGUCGCAUGUAUGGAAGAAUUUGCUGAAGCAGUCUAUAUCAACCAACCGGAUACGAGAAGAGUCCUUCAAUCAUAUCCUGCGUCCUGUGACAGUCAAGGCCAAGGUCAUCAUGAAUAAUGAGGAUAACUUUAUGAUGCCCCGAAUCUACGUGGAGUUUUCUCUCCCUGAUAUCAUGUGCUGCUUCUCCAGACAUCAGUACCUCAAUCUUCUAAAGUGGAUUGAUGCCAGUCGACGUGUACAGAUCAACAGACGUUACCGUAAAUACCAUCCAAACACACCAGUGCGCUUUAAUCGUAAGGCUUGGUGGCACUACGCAUACACGGCAAUAGUAGAGGAAGUCAUUCGCCCUCACCAAUGGACACGAGUAAUAAAACAUAGGAAAAGUGUUGUUCGAUAUGGAAAGAUGUACAAAACACAUUUGGAGUACCCAGACAACAAGACGCUACAGGAGGAUCUCAAGAAACUGGAGGCUGACAUGGAUCUAUGUAACAUCAUAGCAGCCAGGGAGCAGGCCAAACUCCAGUUUGUUGCUGAAGCCCCAGAACGUGCUCGUAAGAAGAUAAAGGAGCGAAGAGAGCUGGAGAAAGCUAACCAGGGCUGGUUUAGCUGGAUUCUAGGGGGAGCCACCGUGGAACCAGAUGUGGAAAUAGAGGUUGAUACGGAGGAGGAUUGGCUGCAUAGUCUGUCAGAGGAGGAGAGACACGAGCUUUAUCGAGGUGUUGGAUAUGAUGAAAAUUCCCAAGAAGAUACCAUGCCUAAAGAGUACAUUGCCUACAAGAUGCAGUUGCGUUUGAAGAAUGUGAGCCUCACUUUGGAGAACUACAGUAAACCAAUCCUUAAGAUGACACUGAGUGACAUGUUAACAUCGUAUGAAAACAGACCAGGAGGGAACGGGGCCAGGGUUCUGAGCCACACAGAAAGCUUCACAAUAGAGGGCGCCUCUGUAGAUUACAAACUGGUCUCACUUCUGACUUCCAACAGUAAUAUAUAUUCUACAGACAGUCAGAUGUUUACCUUGGACUAUGAGCUCCGGCCAUUGUCCAUCCAUGCUGACCAGUCACUCAAACUGAACGUCCGGCCUGUUGAAAUUUUCUAUGACCAGCAUGCAGUGUCGCAGAUCUUGAUGUUCCUCCAAGUACCCAUAGACUCUCCACAAGUUGAUAUCAAUGCCAUUGCACGAGAGAAACUCAUGGACAUGGUUGAGUACAGUCGAACUACUCUUCUCUACGCCAUUGAACAGCAAUCUACAUUCCAUAUUUCUGUACAUAUGAAGUCACCCUAUAUUGUCAUUCCUCAGAAGGGGACACUCCAUCAGGGAGGUAACCUACUAAUUUGUGACCUUGGUAACUUCACCGUUGAGAGUGAUCUUCUCCAAAAGGACAACGUGCCACUCCACAAUGCAACUAUUUCUGAGCUACAAGCCCAUCUGUAUGACAAGUUCCUCUUCAAAAUCUCGGAUGUCAAAGUGCUCCUGGCAGACUCUGAGGAAGAGUGGGAUAUGGCCCAGAAAAAUCCUAACUCCGAGUUCCACAUUUUACCAAGUACGGGACUCGACAUUGCAUUCUACAAAAGUGUCCUCAACAAUAACCAGCAGCCUCAACAAAAGUUUGACGCCAUGUUACAGUCUUUAACCUUGAAUGUGACUGAUGUACAGAUUGUGACCUUGAACAACUUCAUAAGAAAUUUUCCUGUGCCGACAACUUCCACCAGUACAAUAGAUGCAAUGGAUGUUCCUCCACCUCAACCGGACUGGAGACAUAUUCAAAUGGAGAUGGAUACCAAACAGUUGAAGAGGAUGAGAAGAAGCAUUCUGAGCCGUCUCACUAUAGACCUGGCAGAGCCGAUCCUAGAGGAGCCGGCCGUCACCAACAUCUCUCACAGUACAUUAGACAGUGCCAAGCCUGGAAACAGGAGAAGCAUAGAAGCUGACACAGAUACUUAUUAUUCCGCCUCGGAUGACUCUGAAGAUGAGAUGGACAAAUGGUCCAGUUACCGCAAAGUCAAGGCUGUCGAUGACUAUAUCACCGAUAACAACCGCAUGCAGAUGUUCAUGCGAGCUUCCAUCGGUGAAAUCGUCAUACAGGUGUCAUUGGAGCAGAACCAUCAGCGGCGGGAAUAUCUCAUGUUCCGCUUGGAUGGAUUCACGGCUGAUAUGGCAUACACAGUGUGGAUUGACAGGAACAAAGUGAUUCCGUGCGGAAUCGCGUUCCACGCCAGACUACGAGGGAUCGGAAUGGCGGACAAACUCCACAGAGGUGCUACAGGAGCGUACCUGGAUCUGCUCCAGACAGAAUCAGAGAAUGAACUCAUCUCCAUCUGCUAUAGACAGGUGAAACCUGAAUGUCCAGAUUUUGGGCCAGUGUUCAAGAACAUAGAGCAUGGUGCGACCUUGACCUUCAAUAAUUUGUCAAUCAUGUUUGACCAGACUGGGGUCUGCUAUCUCAAAAAAUUUCUGGAGGAUUUGAGAGCGAGGAUGUACCCCAAGAAGGAUACGCUAGAUGACAAUCCCUUCGCAGGACAGUCCUCAAUGAUAGACUCUUCCAUAGUGAGGCUUCGAAGCACCCGUGGGAGUCGAGGCAGUCGAAGCAGUCGUACCAGUCGUACCAGUGUGACGGAAAAACUGAAGUCAAUUAUCCAAGAAGGCGGUCCAUCAAGUCUCAUCAAGAUCCAUGUGAUUACCUGUGUUCAUGACAUUAGCCUUCACCUGCGUAAUGUUGAGACGAAAUUCUCCGAACUCCAUAUCAAGGACUUGGAAGGUCAGUUCAUUGCCAGAGCUAAGAAAAUGACAUUCAACUGUCGUCUGCAGAAAUUCUUUGUGAAAGAUCUGACUCCAGACACUCUAUAUCCUAACAUCCUCGAGAUUGGUACUGAUGAAAACCCAUUCUUUGACUUGAAGGUUGAACAAUUUAAAUCCGACGGCAUGACACGGCGGUUGUCACGGCGAAGUACAGAACCUCUCGAUUACUAUGCUAGGCUACACAUUGGUCAGCUCCAGGUGGCAUUCAUUAACAAGUUUUUCUGGGAAAUCACGAGGUUUUUUGAGCCACUGAAGAGUCCGGAGCUGUCUGAUGUAGCUUAUAGGACAAAGGAGUCUGUAUCGAAACAGAUGAUGGAGAUAACUCCGGCAACAGUAAGAGUUGCUCUAGUGGUGAAAGCACACAUCCCCACCGUGGUGGUACCGCAGCACUCGCAGUCACGUGACCUCUUCUUCGUGAAGUUUGGUAACCUGGAGGUUUGGAAUCAGUUUGAGAGGAAAGAAGUUCGAGAUACUGGUAUGUCUCAGGAAUGGAACCACUUCAGUGCCAAGCUUACCUCUAUGCAGAUUAGCAAGGGCAAACUUCUGGAGGACAAUGCCACGUUUGUAGUUCUCCACCAUCUUGUGGAGCCUGUCAAUUUUACUGCAUCAUUCAGCCUCGCUCUAGCUCCAUUUGUGGCCGAUAUCGUUUAUGACGUCUCCGGUGAACUCAAUCUAGUCAAGGUAAAUAUGCUGGAGACGGACAUGAAGUUAGUUAUGGAUAUCAUGAAGCAGAACUUCGGAGAGGGAGCCCCGUCAACUAAACCAGAUCUGGCCAAACCUUCCUCAAUGAAACCUACCAGUACAAUGGACUCUAGUGUGACAGUGAUUCAGCAUGACCUUGACACGCCCACUACUCCAGAGGUCAUGCCUGGGACACCCUACAAUGCUGUGGUUACUCUCCAGGGUCUUGUCCUUUGUCUUUAUGAGGAAACUAACGGGACUACAAGUAGUAUAGAGGUAGCUGUCAGUAGAUUUAAAGGUCAAGGGUUACUGGUGAAGGUCAAAGAUUUUAAAAGAAAUAUUGUGCUGUUAGAGAAGAAAAGAUCUUAG